UGUCGAUUAGGCGAACCUGCGGCGUGGAGAGGAGACGCCGGUUCGGCUGGAAGGCGGCGUGCUUGGGGUUUGCUGCCUGCUACCCUGCCCCGGAGGCAGAGUUAACACUUCCUUCCUGUGAAAGUUUGAGAACCCCAGGUUUUACAUUACUACAUUUUAAAAAAAGAAGUCAUACCUCAAACCAAAUAGUGCAACUGCCUUUUAAAUGAGUUUUUAAAGCACCACCUAAAGAGCCCCCCGGGGGAAAAAAACUAUCCUGCAGAGCUCCUCUGGCAGUAGAGAACGGGCCUGUCAUUGGCCAAUAACAUGGAUCAGGAUGAAGAUCAGAAAAUGGAUCAGGAAAUAACUCAAAAGAAUUGUAACAAUUUGAUUAUGGAUUUACAAGUUACUGCCACACCAGAAGCAGCUGACUUUCCCCAUGUACAUCAAAGAAUCUAUAUAGAUGAGUUGGGAUCUCUUCCUUAUAAGCACGGCAAACAUGACCUUUUCCCUCAAUGGCAUUUACCAGUGAAGACAGCACUGAUACUAUCUUUGUUAACCUUUAUCUACACUUUUCUAAGGGACAUCAUCCAUCCUCUCGUAACUGCUCAAAAAAAUGAAUUUUAUAAAAUCCCCAUCCUGGUCAUAAACAAAGUCUUACCAGUGGUUUCAGUCACCCUUCUGGCCCUGGUUUACUUACCAGGCAUACUAGCUGCAGGCUUCCAACUCCAUUAUGGAACCAAGUAUAGACGUUUUCCACAGUGGUUAGAUCGAUGGAUGUUAUCAAGGAAACAGUUUGGGCUACUUAGUUUCUUUUUUGCCUCAAUGCACGCAUGCUACAGUUUGUGCUAUCCAAUGAGGAGAUCUUACCGAUACAAACUCUUGAACUGGGCAUAUAAACAGGUGAAGGAAAAACGGGAAAGUGCCUGGAUUGAACACGAUGUCUGGAGAAUGGAGAUUUAUGUGUCUCUGGGAAUUCUAGGGCUUGCUAUCCUUGCUAUAUUGGCAGUUACAUCAAUUCCAUCUGUCAGCCACUCACUGACCUGGAGAGAGUUUCAUUAUGUUCAGAGCAAGAUGGGUUAUUUAGCUCUGCUGCUGUGCACUAUUCAUGCAAUGGUCUUUGGAUGGAAUAAGUGGAUCGAGAUAAGCCAGUUUCUCUGGUAUACACCUCCGAGUUUUAUGAUAGCCGUUUUUCUCCCAAUUGUAGUUCUGACAUGUAAAAGCAUCCUGCUUUUCCCAUGCCUUAGGAAGAGACUGCAGAAGAUCAGAUCUGGCUGGGAUGCAAACACUAUGACAAAUAGGACACAAAUGACUUCCAGAUUGUAAAUUAAAUGUGCUGCAUGUCUUUUGCUGGAAACUUUGAAUAUUUUUCAGUACCUAAAUAUGUAAGACUCAUAUCUCACAUUGUUGUUUCAUGCAUCAUUCCAUAGAAUGCACUCCAUUGAUCUUGAUGGAGCUUACUUCUGAAUAUACAUGCUAAGGAUUAUGCUGCACAAGGGAAAAGUCAAUGGGUGGCUUCUCAUGACUGCCAACAAGUCUGCUGUCUGGAUAAAUGUUGGGCACUAGGAGUACAUGCUCCCAGUAGGGAUGUGCACAGAACCAGGUGGGGGGGUGCGCUUAUCCCUCCCUCCACUUCCCCCCACUGGUGCUCCAUUAGCAAAGGGUCCAUCAGAGCGGCAGCAUACCUCCCUGCUGCCCUGUUGCCUCACUGGACCCUACGUCACUGUAAGUACCCAACACGCCUAUGUGCGCCGGCGACAUGUGCACACGCCGACACAUGCAGGUGCAUUGGAUACUUCCGGUGACGUAGGGUCUGAUGAGGCAACGGGGUGGCAGGGAGGUACGCCACUGUCCCAACGGACCCUUUGCGGAGCCCCUGGUGGCGCAGUGGUAAAACUGCUGCCCUGUAACCAAAAGGUUGCAAGUUCGAUCCUGACCAAGGGGCUCAAGGUUGACUCAACGGACCCUUUGCAGGAGCCCCUGGUGGCGCAGUGGUAAAACUGCCGCCCUGUAACCAAAAGGUUGCAAGUUCGAUCCUGACCAGGGGCUCAAGGUUGACUCAGCCUUCCAUCCUUCCGAGGUCGGUAAAAUGAGUACCCAGAAUGUUGGGGGGCAAUAUGCUAUAUCAUUGUAAACCGCUUAGAGAGCUUCCAGCUAUAGAGCGGUAUAUAAAUGUAAGUGCUAUUGCUAUUGCUAUUGCUAUUUGCUAACAGAGCGCCGGUGGGGGGAAAGUGGCUAGAAGGCAUAAGUACACCCACCCCCGCCCUUAAAGUAAAAAAAAAAAACACCCAUCUUCGAACCGGCAGAAUUGCCGGUCCUUCAAACCAGUUCUGAGGCCCAUAAAGGGUUCUGAGCACCAGUUCUGAGCACAUCCCUAGAUCCUAGGGCUUGUCAUGUGAACCCGCCCAAGUCUGGUUCCUGAACCAGCCAUCCAACAUUCUGCUGAUUUUUCACGAUGAUCUCCGCCCACUUGCAGUCAAGAUUUGAUGUUGGGCUGAGAAAAUCAGUAGAAUUUUGGGUGGACGGCUCAGGAACCAGAUUUGGGUGGGUUCUCACAACAUGCACUCCCAGUUCCCAACAUUUUCCCAGGUGAUGGACUUGCUGGCAGUUGUAUGAAGUCACCCCGUCUGUUCUUGCUGUUAAGUGAUGGGUAAAACAUUUCUACAUUUCAUUAUAGGUGCUAUUUUUGAGAACGUUUACUCAAGAUAAUGCACUCAUGUAAGCAAAUGUUGCUGAAGUGGUGUGUAUAUAUGACUGGAUGUUAACAUUUCACAGUUAUCUUGCAUGUAAAUGUUUCAUUAAAAUCCCAGUGUUUGUUUAGCCAAAUUCAUCUUUAGGGAAACUAUGGAGUAAUAGGUCUAUCACAGAAUGCAUAGGCACAUGUAGUACAAUAGGGCUGCACCUCUUUGGCUCUCCUGCAGAUGUUGAACUUCAACUCCCAUUAUUCCUCUAUUGGGCACAUGUCACGGGAAUGAUGGUAGUUGUAGUCCAAAAACAGCUGGAGGGCCGAAGUUGUGCAACUCUGUAGUACAGUGAAUUAAUUAAUGCACAAGGCAUAAAAUGUAAACCUGGAGAUGCCCUGCCUGGAACAGCUUCCCAGUUUAAGGAUCUCUGAAGAACUGAAUAGCAUAUCCUGUAAACGCAAGAGAUCUAAAAGCUCAGCUAAGCAGACAUCAGAACCAAAGGAUGCAUACAGAUAACUGUGCCAAUGACACUGGACUCUUGCAGUGCACAAAGGUCUGCCUUAUUUAAAAAGUGCCUUAUGCAUCAGACCAUGGUCUAUGUCGUCUAGCAUUCAGUUUCCAGUAGUGUUCAGCUAGACAUCUGUGGUCACUCACCAGCAGGGCAUAAAGAUCCCUCGAUCUUGUCUUCCUCUGCCUUUCUCCUUCCCCAACAUUUGAUCUUGAGAGUAUAUUGUCUAUGUAUAUGAUGUUACAUUUAGCUGCUGAAAAAAGAAUCAAUCCAUUAUUAAAAAAUACUUUCUUUAAAGUCAUCUGAGCUAGUAACCAUUUUGUGUUAGUGAACUGUACAGGUUUAUUAAAUGUUCUGUGAAUAAGUAAUUCCUUUGUCAGUUUUCACUUUCAAUCAACUUUAUUGGGCGAUGCCAAAUUACAAUAUUAUGACAGAUGAAUGAUAAUGAUGUAUUGCAUCAAUUAAUUUAUUCUUUCAGCCUUAUAAAUAUUAACUUCUGCAGAAAGGGUUUUUUGGCAUGAAUUGGUUUGACAAUUCUUUUGCAACUUUUAUUUCUAUUUGGAAAGAUGGUGUUCUUCCAUCCAAUGUUAAAUUGAUUUCUUGGAAAUUGCUUCACUUUCUUCCUUUGAGACUCUGACUCAGUUCUGUAUUUCUUAAAGUGAUGUAAACUGACUUGUGUGAAUAAAAAUUUAAAUACGGCUAGAUAUCAACAUACAAGUGGAAAACAUUUGUUAACAUUUAGUGUAUUUAAAAUAAUAAAACCCUUUUUGCACUUUU